GUCAUCGCUUCUUGCGCCUGGCUCGCCUCUGUACAGCGCGCAAUUGCAAUCGGGAAGCUUGACGCGCCCUGCGUCAUACCCAGCCCUCGCCAUGACCACGAAGAACCCGCUCAAGGCGGAGAACCUGCCCUCCCCGGCGGAGCUGAAAGAGGAUGUCAAGGUGGCCACGAAAUCGUCGCUCCAGUCGCUGCGUGCGCUGGUCGCCGGCGGCGUGGGCGGUGUCUGCGCAGUCAUCGUAGGGCACCCGUUCGACCUUGUAAAGGUGCGGUUGCAGACUGCAGAGAAGGGUGUAUACAGCGGAGCCAUGGACGUGGUGAGGAAGACAAUUGCAAGAGAGGGAAUGGCCAAGGGGCUGUAUGCCGGUGUUCAGGCGCCGCUCGUGGGCGUAACGCCCAUGUUUGCCGUCUCUUUCUGGGGCUACGACGUCGGCAAGCAGCUCGUGUCGAGCUUCUCCACCGUAGAAAACGGCCAAUACUCCGUCGCCCAGGUCUCCGCCGCCGGCUUCUUCAGCGCAAUCCCCAUGACCCUCAUCACCGCGCCCUUCGAGCGCGUCAAAGUCCUCCUACAGAUCCAGGGCCAGAAGCAGCUCGCACCGGGCGAGAAGCCCAAGUAUUCGGGUGGUAUCGAUGUCGUACGGCAGCUGUACAAGGAAGGCGGCAUACGCUCCGUGUUUCGGGGCUCUGCGAUGACACUUGCGCGAGACGGCCCAGGCUCCGCCUGCUACUUUGCGACAUACGAGGUCGUCAAGAGGAAGCUCACACCGAGAGACCCAGAGACAGGUCUGCCCGGGCAGCUCUCGCUUUCCGCUGUCAUGGUGGCCGGUGGUGCUGCCGGCGUGGCCAUGUGGAUUCCAGUCUUCCCCAUCGACACCAUCAAAUCCCGGUUACAGAGUGCCGAAGGUCGACCAACCAUCAGUGGCACAAUCAAGGGCAUCCACGCGAGCGGCGGCCUGAGGGCCUUCUUCCCGGGCAUGGGACCCGCUAUGGCACGAGCCGUUCCUGCGAACGCGGCUACUUUCUUGGGUGUUGAACUUGCUCAGAAGGCCAUGAGCAAGAUGUUCGACGGCGACGGCGAAUAAUUCUAGAGAACGACUGAACGCGAUCAGGAAAAGUCUUUUCUUCAGACAGUCGUUUCGCUUUUUGUCACGUCUACGCAUUCUCUCAUAGUUUUGGGAA